AUGAUGAAGGACUUGAUGUCUCGCAAGUUUGACUUUCAAGACUUGGCAACUAUUACACUAACUCGGACAUGUAGUGCUGUCGUGACGAGACCCAUAGAUGAGAAGCUAUCCGACCCAGGGAGUUUCACAAUCCCAUGCACAAUAGGUAGCUAUGUUUUUGCUAAAGUAUUGUACUAUUUAGGGGCUAACAUAAACUUGAUGCCCUUGUCUAUCGAUAAAAGGUUAGGCAUUGAAAGAGCAAGACCCACAUCCAUGUUACUACAGCUAGCCGACCGAAUGUUGAAGAGGCCAUCAGGUGUACUUGAUGAUGUACUUGUGCAGGAUGGAAAUUUUGUGUUUCCGAUAGAUUUUGUCAUUCUGGACUACCAGGUUCACAAGGAGAUUCCUAUAAUUUUGGGAAGGCCAUUCUUGGCCACUGGGAGAGCUCUAAUUAAUUGUGAAACUAGAGAGCUAAAGAUGAGAUUGAACGGUGGAGAGAUAAUGUUUAAUGUGCAGAAGUCUAUGUGGUGA